AUGGAAAGAAGGGGAGAUUGGUCGAUUAAUUCGGAAACGACGAGCAAUCAAUCGGCGGAAAUACCCGAAACGCAAAAAGUCAUAACGAAAUUGGAAACGCAAGUCGAAGAGCAGAAAAAAUUGAGGUUGCAAGAAGCGAAACAAGUCGAAGCGAAAGCAGCUUUGAUAAAGGAAUGGGUCGCUAAUAAAUUGAGAGGUUUGGAAGAGCAAAAUCAACAGCUGAGAGAGCAAAACGACAGGUGCAAUCAGCAAAUAGAACUGUUGAGAAAUCACCUCGAACAACUCAGGCACAUGAAACCUGGGGUGAGAACGAGUUUGAGUUUGGACGUGGAUAAAGAAGAAUUAACUUCGCUCAACAAUAUAUGCAAUAGCAAGCUCUGGGACAAAGUUCUCACCGUUUUGAUAAGUUUGGCCGAAAACGAAGAAUUCGAACAGAACGAUAGGAGACCGAAAGGAGGAGCGAGAACGUUGGAUUUCAUACAGAGCGCGAUAUUUAAUCUAAGGGAAAAAAACGGUUCGUGCGUGGAAAACAUACUCGAUUACCUUUGCACGCGAUACGAUGUGAACGUGGAAAGCGUCAUGACGAGAGUCAUGACGGCUCUCAGGAGAGGAGUCGCUAUAAAAGUAUUGGAAAAAGAGGGAAAUCGUUACCGUUUGUCGAAAGCGAUGAGCUUUCAAGAAUUGGAAGAUGACAAAAGGAAAAAGGGCGUCGGAGUUGAGAGUCAAAUCAAAUUCGCGAUGGGCCCCCAUUUGACGGAUUCGAUGAUUUCGAACGAGUUCAAAAACGACGAUGAUGUCAUCAUGGAUGCCGAAAUGGUCGAUUUGGAAGAAUAUUCUAAUACAAAGCGUAGAUCAGACAUAAGCCGAAAUUCGGUCGAAGAACCUCUUUAUGCUGAAUUAAAAAAGACUGAAAAUACCGAAGUCAUGACUUCACGUUUAUCCGAAGAUUUAGAAGAAGCCAUUGUCAAUUUGAAUAUCAUUCCAGAUAUUUCCAUGGAUGGAGAUGUGAGCGGUGAUGAUUUGACUCACGAUUAUGCCGAAAUAUACACUCCAUCCAAAGAACGAAUGCCUUGGAAAGAAGUCAACUGUAGCGUGAGAUCUAUCGAAUCCGACGAUUUGCCGCCGAAACCACCGACGCCUCCUUUGCACAGGUUUCCCUCUUGGGAAUCCCGAAUAUAUCAAAUAGCUGCAGCGGGUUUCAACGUUGCCUCCAAUCAUCCCCUUCUUUCCACUGCUCACCACAUGAACAUGACAAAUUCUUUGCCCUACGACAAAACAAGUCACGGGACAAACAUGUCGCCUUUACACAAUUCUCUUCCUCAUAAUUUAGCAUUUAAGGCCUGUCACUCUCCAAAUUUGCAUCACAAAAUCAAUUCCAGUCAUCAGAAUAAUUGCUCAGUUAAUGAAAUUCAUAGCUCAGAAUGCAGUAAUAAUAACGUGAUUGGAGCGAGUUUGGUGACGACCGGCGAUAAAAGCGGCGGCGGCGGCGGCGGUGGCACGGGUCCAGGUACCAUGGGUUAUUGCGAUAUUAACGUGCCUGUCUACGCUACGGUUAAAGGCUGCCGAGGAUCAGACAUUGUACGUCAUUCGAUUUUUUUUUUCCAGCGUGCUAGUCAAAUCCGUUCGAUUCCGUUCACCGGAGACUCCUCCGAUGAUUCGAGCGAUGGAGAAGACUGUCCCAAUCAUAGUCAUGCUAGUCAAGGUCAGCCGGCCACUCGAGCCACGAGUUCCAGCGAAGACACGUCUUUGUCUGGCGGUUCUAAUUCUAGUCCUUUAAAAACAUGCAGCCUUUUGCCUUCCAAAACGAGAGGUUUGUAUUUUUUAUUAAAAAAAAAAAAAGAUACAUCGUUCGAAUCUGGAACUUCCGACGAUUAUGCCAUUCCUCCGGAUGCUGUUUCUUCCACUUCUGCAUCUUUCGAAUCAUCCAUACCGUCAAUUUUAGUUAGGAGCUCUUACAUGGAUAGCCCGACGAAAACAAAGGGAAUCGAAAGUUUAGAAAAAGCCGGGUAUCUGACGAAACUCGGUGGAAAGCUUAAAACGUGGAGGAAAAGAUGGUUUGUUUUGAAAAAUGGAGUUCUUAUCUACUGGAAAUCGCAGAAUGACGUCAAUCAAAACAAAAAACCAGCGGGAGAAAUUUUCCUCGACGAGUCGUGUAGAAUCACACGAGCGGAAGGCGCGGCAACGUUCGAAAUAAACAACGGACGGAAAACAUAUUACCUAACGGCAGAUUCCAUCGCACACAUGGAAGAAUGGCUGAGAAUAUUACAAAACGUUCAGCGAAGGAACGCGACCAAGUUACUGUUGAACAAGGAAGAGCAAAAACCCACGUUGCAAGGAUGGUUGGUCAAAGUUAAAAACGGGCAUCCGCGAAAAUGUUGGUGCGUACUCCUGGGGAAAAUGUUUUUAUAUUUCAAAAGUUCAUCGGAAACGAAUCCCGUCGGACAGAUAAACAUGAGAGAUGCGAGAGUCGAAGAAGUCGAUCACGUGUCGGACAGCGACAGCGAGGAUAGAGAUGGGGAGAGUAACGAGUACACGAUCGCGAUAUUUCCAUCGCACUACGGUCCGACGUACCUGAUUUUCUCGAACAAAUUAGAAAAAGACUCGUGGUUGUAUCAUUUGACGGUGGUUUCCGGUGGAGGACCCAACGCCGGGACACAAUGGGAACAACUCAUACAAAAAUUAAUGGAAACCGACGGGGAUCCGAAUAACGUACUUUGGAGGCAUCCAAUGUUAUUAUAUUCAAAAGACUGCAUCACGUCUCCGCUGACGACACUCUCGACUGAAACUCUUCAAAGCGAAGCCAUUAAAUUAUUUAAGUCCUGCCAAUUGUUCAUGUCGGCAGCUUUGGAUCAAGCCGGAAUCGAUUAUCACGUCGUACUUGCCCAAAACGCUCUUCAACUUUGUUUGGAUCAACCCGAACUUCAAUCCGAACUUAUCAGUUGUCUGAUAAAGCAAACAUCUCGUCCGAUACAGCAAAAGCAGGGGGUCCAGGUAAAGGGCACCAUCAAAUUAAAAACUCCCCGCCCAAGCAGUAGACGCUGCUACUACCUACUUUCGAUACCCGUCGAUACCCGUAGCGAGAAGCCCCCAACUACUAGUGUAGGGCACCAACUAUUGCAGCAAUAUCUUCUGUGUGCGACUCAGUCGUUGUUCAGCUGCGACUCGACGAAUCGUGAUUCGAGCAGUUCGGCAUCCAGUCAGACUAAAGGUUCGCCUACUUCUGUGCAGGCAACUUGCGGCGAUUUCAGCAAAGGGUGUCCAUCCAUACAAGUCCUCACGCAGGGUUGGCAAUUACUCGCACUCGCGUGUUCACUUUUCCUACUCAAAAACAAUAAGCUAUUGUGGUUUCUCAAACUUCACCUGAGCAGGAACGCAGAUACGAAGACGGAAUGUGGAAAGUAUGCUCGAUAUUGUGCGAGAGCACUCGGAAGAACUCUUCAGAACGGUGGCCGACAAGUCAAACCAUCCAGAAUGGAAGUCCUGUCGAUUUUACUUAAAAAUCCAUACGAUCAUUCUCUACCUCACGCGAUACCCGUACACAUGCUCAACGAUACCUAUCAGGUCGUGAGUUUCGACGGUUCGACGACGAUAGAAGAAUUUUUAUCGACGUUGGCACAGGAAAUCGGUUGCAGAGAAUCGUCCGCGAACGGUUUCACGCUUUUCAGCGAUGAUCCCAUAGAGAAAAAUCUAGAACAUUUCAUACCGUUGGAUGCCAAAUUGUGCGACGUCAUAUCCAAGUGGGAAACGGCUCUCAGGGAAAAAGGUUCUGGAAAAUUUGAAAAUUCACGCCUUAUACAACUAGUCUAUAAAAACAGAUUGUAUUUUAAAUGUUCGACGAGAACGGAAACGGAAAAGGAAAGGCUUUUGCUUUGUUAUCAAACGAAUCAGCAAAUCGUUUUGGGACGGUUUCCUCUCACGAAAGAAUUGGCUUUGGAAUUAUCGGCACUCAUGACGCAAAUCGAAUAUGGCGAAUACAGCAUAGAAAGGAGUCAGGGAAGGAGCGGAAAUUUAUUACAUCAAGCCGUCAACGAUUUUUAUCCGUACAGGUACAGGGACGGUUUAUCGCCGCAGAAAAUGAAAGAACUCCAAGAUGAAUUAAUGGAUAAAUGGAAGGCACUCAAAGGAAGAACGAUACCUGACUGCGUGAGAAUUUAUCUCACGUGCGUGCGAAAGUGGCCUUUUUUUGGUUCUUCAUUAUUUCAAGCAAAGUUGAAAACGGGAGACGAAAAUCAAAUCGGGGUUUUAUGGGUUGCCGUGGGAGAAGAUGCCGUAACGCUUCUCGAUCUCGAAACAAUGAGUCCGCUCGUUAGGCAUCCAUAUUCGGAAGUGGUCACGUUCGGUGGAUGUCAAGACGAUCUCAUGCUCGUCGUUAAUCCACAUCAGAAACAUCUUUUCUCUCUCAGCAAACCAAAGAUUUUACAAUUGACACUGCUCAUUGCCGAUUACAUGAACGCUCUGGGAAGGUUGCCGGGAACUCCUCAAAUGGGUUCGUUAUCCCGUAGAAGUUUCAGACGUCCCGGACAACAACCGGAUAUAUUAAAAUCGACGCCCGAUCAACAACACGGAACGUCGUCGUAA